UUUUCAUUUCUGAGACCGACACGCAUCUCCUUUCUCUUCCCCAUUUUUGAGACCCGAGACCCCAUUUCUGAGCUUUCCUUCAACAUUUCUGCCCAUUUUCUUCAACAUAUCGACACAAAGAAGAGACCCAUUUCUUCGGCUUAGUCGUACGGUCUCCAAACUCCUCACUCUCUCUCUCUCUCUCGUCUUUCUCUGUCUCUCUAUCAACCUUCAAUUUCCAGUCGUUGGGCUUCUCAAAUUUGUUCUUCUCUUCGGUCUUGGCAAGCCAGUGUUAAGGGAUUAAAGAUCUGCUCCUACAAAACUCCUCCCGCUGUGUCCAACGUCUCCGUUUGAUCAACUUACAGGAACUCUGCAAGUUGCUUCGUCGGAGGCGAAAUAGUGAUCGAGAAGCUGUCUCUGAGGAUGACUGCCUGCGAGCUAUAAGUAAACUUAAGUAUAGAAAAGGUGGAAAGGAUUUGGACUAAAAGCUUCUGCAGCAAUACCUGCUAGGCUGUGUUUUGCUUUAAUGGGCAUUGGCAGCUCAUUUCAUGCUCAAGAAACUGCUGUGAAUGGGCAAUUGGAGAAAACUUCAUGUUAUGAUAAAUGGCAGUAUGAACUCCUUCUAUAUGGAAUCUGUGAAGCUGUUGAUGGAGAGAAGGAUCCUCAUUGCUUGUUGCUAGCAUUUGACAUCAUUCGUGCACUGAUUCAACUAUUUCCAGAUCCUAAUGGGCCGCUAGAAAAUUUUUCUGGAGAGCUUUUUGAAACUUUGAGCAGUUACUUUCCCAUUCAUUUUACUCAUCCAAAAGGAGAGGACACUGAUGUCAAAAGAGAUGAUCUUGCAAGGGCUCUAAUGGUAGCUUUCUCAUCAACACCUCUUCUUGAGCCAUAUGUCAUUCCCUUGCUUCUUGAAAAACUCUCUUCUUCUCUGCCAUCGUCAAAGCUUGGUGGAGGUUAUCUAUUUGGGUUGCCUUUGGGGUUUGUUGCUGAUUCUAUUGGUGCAACAAUUGGUGCUACAGCUGCAUUUAUUCUUGGUAGAACAGCUCCUCCAGUUUAUCUACCAGAAAGGAACUUGCCUCCACCUCCUGCAUAUGUGAUGAACAACCUGGUGACUGAAACCAAUAUGUAUCAACACCAUCCACCCCAGAAAUUGAUAUGCUCUGUUAUGUUUGGUUCUUGUGGGCUUCUUACUUAGGGAUAGUUCAAAAGUGUUCUUCUUCUUUGUAUUUUUUUUAUCUGAAAGCAUGCAGUAUAAACUUUAUUGCAUGGUCCUCUCUUGAUGAUGCCUUAUCUUCUGUUUUUAUAAGUAUUUUUUCGUUGUAACAAAAGCUGUCUUUGAGUUGUUCCUUGAGUCACUGCCAUGUGCAUCUUGUUCAAUACAUUCAGUGACUUGAAGGUAUGUCCUUGUUUGACUUCAGUUGAUUAGUGAAUAAUAUUGUAAAGUUUGGCAAAAAUGCAGAUUGAUACCACUAGUAAUUUUGCUGACUUUGAACUUCUCUUUUGCAGCUUUUUUUUGCUGACUUUGAACUUCUCUUUUGCAAAAAUGCAAAAAUGCAGACAUAUGAGUAAAUUGAGUUAUUAUUGUAGCUUUUUUUUAAUCAGCUUUGACUGACCUCCAGUUUUGGGCUUUUAUUUUGCUUGUUUCUUAGUUUUAGCUCUCGGACUUGGAAAUUGUGAUAGUCAAGUCGUGACCCAAUUUUUGUUUAAAUCCUUUGAUGCUUUCCUCAUAUUAAUCUAGAUUUUAGGAUUCUCAUCUUUAAUAGCUGAACUUUUUUUUUUCUUUUUGCAAAAGUGACAUGUUUUAUGUUAUAUUUUGGGGCAUGUUAUUGUUCAGUUGAAGGUGAAAGGGUUUGAAAUACAAAGAGAAUUCCCAUUACUAAUGGAAUAGUAGUCUAAUUUGUAAUUAAGGCCUUUAUAUUGCUUCAUAAUUUACUGUCAUAUGGGAACAACAACAAAAGGCGGAAAGAUUUCAUAAUUUGUAAUUUACUGUCGUAAGAUUUUCUGGUUGUGUUAUGCUUCAAUGAACUUUGAUUUAUAAUAUAAUGGAAGAACUUUAUUAGAGGCUGAAAUCAGACACAAGAUGAUCUGAACCUCAUUUGAUAAACUAAAGUUAAUACAUGAUUUUUCUGCUUCUUUGGCACAAUUAUAGACACCAUUUUAUUAUUUUUUCCAAUUCGAAAUGUUGACUUUAUAGAUAAUAGAAUUUAAUCUUAAGGUGACUUGUGAUCAACAAGUUGCUUGAAACUGAUCUACAAGAGCUGUUGCUAUUCUUUUACUUUUAGAUGUUGCUCUUCUUUGUGUGUACGAACUUUGUGUUGUGUAUGUUACAGCUGGUUCAGCAAUUGCGUAUCAGAAAUUGCCUUAGCAAUUAACCUGCUUUUUAUAUGUAGAAUAGUGUUUAAUGGUACAUGCAGUUCUCUUGUCUGAAGUUUUGGUAAUUUGUUUCUAUGUUUUCUGCCUUUGCAAUAGCAAUUGAAUCUAUUAUGUGCAAGAUUUAGAGUUUGCCACCUAUUAUGUGCCACAGAAAAUCUGUUUCUUAUUGCAAAGUUUUAAUAUUGAUAUUUCUUUCCACGCUUAUUUUUGCAUGACUAGAGCUAAUUUUCAGAUUAAGCAUGCCCAGCAUCUUACACCUGGCACUGCAGACCGGUUUGGUGAACUAGGGAUUAUUGCUUUAGUACAGGGUUGUUGAGAUCAUCUGCACUUUGGUCAGGAAAUUAUCUCCUAAUCCUAAUAGUGCUGCUAUAAUGGCCAUGGGUGUUAACAUCUUGGCAAAGAGAUUGAAAUGAUUGGGGUUCUUGAUUGAGUUUCUAUCCCAUGCUGCCAUUGUUGGGUUCAUGGGAGGAGCUGCCAUUACAAUUGCCCUUCAGCAGCUCAAAGGAUUGCUUGGCAUAAAAAAGAAUUUCACAAAGAAGACAAAUAUUGUCUCUCUUUUGCGCUCAGUGUUUAAUUCAACCCACCAUGUUGUAAUAUGAUUUCUUAAGCCUAGACUAGUAGACUAAAUAUUGUAAUUACAUUUGAGUAAUUAAUAAAAAUCUAUUUAUGUUA